UUGAGCUGUUUUCUUCUCAUCCAUCAUCACACGAACCCCCCCUCUUCUCUCAAAGCCCCGACCCGGAUUUAGUAAUCUCCUCUUCUCCUUCUUCAUCUUCCUCCUCAAUUCUCGCAAGAGAGAGACAGAGAUAGAGAAUUGAUCGUUCUCAUUACGAGAGUAUAACGUCAAUACAAAUCUCUCUUAAAUCAAAAAAAGGUCAGAGCUUUCGUUGCUGUUGUUGUGUCUGUCUUCAAGGGCUUUGAACUCCUGAAUCCUUUUGUACCUUAAUCACAUCAUCAUCAUCUAACGCCUCCUUGAUUCAAUACAGUAACUGGGUUUUGCAUAAAGUCUCAAACUUUGCUGUGAUCAAUUCCAAAAUUUCGAUUUUUAUUUACAAUGAGUAGUCAUCGUAGGGUACGUAGAAAGUUAGAUGAGAAAGGCACUGUAUCCGCCUCUGACUCCUCGCUUGAUUGGACUAGUUUGGAUUACGACACAGUGCUCCACCUCUUCACUCGCCUUAACCACCGCGACAGAGCUAGCUUGGCAUCCACUUGCAAGACAUGGAGAGCUCUCGGCGCUUCUUCUUGCCUAUGGACUUCCCUUGACCUCCGUCCUCACAAGCUCAAUCCUUCUAUAGCAACUUCUCUCGCCUCUAGGUGCGUUCAUCUCCGCACCUUGAGGUUCCGCGGCGUCGAGUCUGCUAACUCCAUUAUAAACCUCAGAGCAAAGAACCUGCUCGAAGUCAGCGGCGACUACUGCAGGAUGAUCACUGACGCUACAUUGGCGGUGAUCGCCGCGCGCCACGAAAUGCUCGAGAGUCUCCAGCUUGGACCUGAUUUCUGUGAGAAGAUCACCAGUGACGCUAUCAAGGUUGUGGCAUUGUGUUGUCCUAAGCUCAAGAAGCUUCGUCUCUCGGGGUUAAGAGAGGUUACUUCCGAAGCUAUUGAAGCUCUGGCUGAGCAUUGUGUGCAGCUCAGUGAUCUUGGGUUCUUGGAUUGUCUAAACAUCGACGAGGACGCGCUGGGGAGAGUUGCGUCUCUUCAGUAUCUCUCUGUUGCUGGGACGUCAAACAUAAAAUGGUUGGUUGCAGCUAGUAGAUGGGAUAAGCUUCCUAAGCUAAUUGGCCUAGAUGUCUCCAGGACCGAUGUCGGUCCUGGAGCGGUUUCUAGGCUGUUGACAACGUCUCAGAGCUUGAAAGUUUUGUGUGCUGUUAACUGUCAUGUACUUGAAGAGGAUACAAGUUUCAUGAGCUCUAAUAGAUUCAAAGGAAAAGUUUUACUUUCUUUGUUUACUAAUGUUUUCGACGGAGUUGCUUCUUUAUUUCCCAACGACGCUACAAAGAAGAAACCAAAGGAGAUCUUUUCAUACUGGAGAGGGAUGAAGGAUAAUGCGAUGAUGCGUUGGAUCGAAUGGAUUGUUUCUCAUACUCUUCUACGUACAGCAGAGAGCAAUCCACAGGGAUUGGAUGACUUCUGGCUGAAGCAAGGAGCUGCGUUGCUGCUUGCUCUGAUGCAAAGCUCACAGGAAGAUGUUCAAGAGAGGUCAGCUACUGGACUUGCUACUUUCGUGGUGAUCGAUGAUGAGAACGCUAGUAUAGACUGUGGAAGAGCUGAAGCGGUUAUGAGAGGUGGAGGGAUCCGUCUUCUUCUGGAGCUUGCGAACUCGUGGCGUGAAGGGCUUCAGUCAGAAGCUGCGAAGGCUAUUGCGAAUCUGUCGGUGAAUGCUAACGUUGCGAAGAGUGUUGCUGAAGAAGGAGGGAUCAGGGUUCUUGCUGGUUUGGCUAAGUCGAUGAAUAGACUUGUGGCUGAGGAAGCUGCUGGUGGACUGUGGAAUCUCUCUGUUGGAGAAGAGCAUAAGAAUGCUAUUGCUGAGGCUGGAGGAGUGAAGGCACUAGUUGAUCUUAUAUUCAGAUGGCCAAAUGGUUGUGAUGGAGUCUUGGAACGAGCUGCUGGAGCCUUAGCAAACUUAGCAGCAGAUGAUAAAUGCAGCAUGGAAGUAGCAUCAGCUGGAGGUGUACACGCCCUAGUGAUGUUAGCUCGCAAUUGCAAGUACGAGGGAGUACAAGAACAGGCUGCUCGUGCUUUAGCUAACUUGGCAGCUCAUGGUGAUACAAACAAUAACAACGCUGCGGUUGGACAAGAAGCAGGUGCGUUAGAAGCUCUUGUUCAACUCACACAAUCUCCUCAUGAAGGUAGACAAGAAGCUGCUGGUGCUCUAUGGAAUCUGUCGUUUGAUGAUAAGAAUCGAGAGUUUAUUGCUGCAGCUGGUGGUGUUGAAGCUUUGGUGACACUCGCGCAGUCUUGUUCAAAUGCGUCCACGGGUCUUCAAGAAAGAGCAGCUGGAGCUCUUUGGGGGUUGUCAGUAUCAGAAGCAAACAGCAUUGCGAUUGGACGUGAAGGUGGUGUGCCACCUCUAAUCACACUUGCACGGUCUAAAGCAGAGGAUGUACAUGAAACCGCAGCUGGAGCUCUAUGGAACCUCGCUUUUAACCCUGGCAACGCACUUCGCAUUGUGGAGGAAGGAGGAGUUCCAGCUCUCGUUCACUUAUGUUCAUCUUCCGUCUCGAAAAUGGCUCGGUUCAUGGCUGCUUUGGCUUUGGCAUACAUGUUCGAUGGAAGGAUGGAUGAGUACGCUCUGAUGAUAGGAACAUCAAAAAGCAUCAGCUUAGAUGGGGCGAGAAGAACGGCUCUCAAACACAUCCAAGCCUUUGUUACGACUUUCAUGGAUCCUCAAGUCUUUGUAGCUGCAGCCGUCACAUCUACUCCUACUAUGUUGGCACAGGUGACGGAGAGAGCUCGCAUACAAGAAGCUGGCCACUUGAGAUGCAGUGGUGCCGAGAUAGGAAGGUUUGUAGCCAUGCUGCGGAACCCUUCUUCUAUACUCAAGGCGUGCGCUGCCUUUGCGCUUCUUCAGUUUACGAUACCGGGUGGUCGUCACGCGAUGCAUCACGCAGGGCUUAUGCAGAGUGGAGGAGAAGCUAGAGUCCUGCGUUCUGCUGCAGCUGCUGCGAAUAUGCCUCGUGAAGCUAAGAUCUUUGCCAAAAUCAUCAUUCGUAAUCUCGAGCAUCACCCAAGCUGAAUGAAUCGAAUCUUCCUUGUAAUACACAUUUACUUACUCUUAAAAGAGUUAUUUCUGUAAUACACAGAACUAAGCUAGAGCUGCCAAGCAAAGCUAUUACAAUUGUCUCAAAACUGAUGAUAAGUGAACAAGAGUGAUUGACUCUGCUUCUGAUCA